GCCAAGAAGUGUUCUUUCUUAACCGCCGUGCGCUUUCAGCGAAAUACAGCGGAAUAAAUCCAACGUAAACGCAGUUAUACUUUAUUGCCUUGCGGACUAUAAUCAUCUCACACGUGCCUGUUUAUUCGUUAGAAGAAAAAAAAAAUCCCGUAGGAUCUGUUUUCCUCCCCCCCUCUGCUCAAUGGUGUGGGAUCCUCCUUUUCUCUCGCAUUAGCGCCUUUCUGGUGCUGCAGUAUGAACGGACACAGCCAGGCGGACUGAACUAGUACCUGCGGGUUUCGGUUAAAAUGUUUUACGCUGGUGUGGGAUUUUGGAAACGACUUCAAGGCGGACACGUGGAAUAAAAGUAUGUCAUCGUUUUGAAAUUAGUUCUGGAGAAGUGCACAGGCAAACGCGUGUCAUUGUUUAUUGUAAGGAUCCAUGAAAUAAAGGGUGAAAAUGGCCUAUGGCGGAAGUUGAAUCGAAAACAGACAGACUCUGAGUGAGCUGGACGGGGCUUGUCCCAUAAUCCCUGCUUAUCGGGUCAAGAGACCAUGGGAGAUGGAGGCGUCAAUGCGGUGGGAGAAGGGGUGAAUCAGUCCCAUGUGCUCUUUGACCGCUUCGUCCAGGCCACCACCUUCAAAGGCACUCUCAAGGCUUUUCAAGAGCUUUGUGACUUCCUGGAACUCAAGCCCAAUGAAUACCGUGUGUUCUACCACAAACUCAAGUCCAAGCUCAACUACUGGAAAGCCAAAGCCCUCUGGGUCAAAUUAGACAAGCGCGCCAGCCACAAAGAAUACAAAAAAGGAAGGGCCUGUGCCAACGCCAAGUGUCUGAUCAUUGGAGCUGGACCAUGUGGUUUACGUACAGCCAUAGAGCUGGGCUUCCUUGGAGCCAAGGUGGUUUUGUUGGAGAAGAGAGAUGCAUUCUCCAGAAACAAUGUGCUCCAUCUUUGGCCUUACACCAUUCAGGAUCUGAGGGGUCUUGGAGCCAAGAAGUUCUACGGCAAGUUUUGUGCUGGAGCCAUCGACCAUAUCAGUAUUCGCCAAUUGCAGCUGAUGCUCUUGAAGGUAGCUCUGCUUCUUGGCAUCGAGAUCCACGUCAACGUGGAGUUCAAAGGCCUCAUUGAGCCACCAGAAGACCAAGAGAAUGAGAGAAUUGGGUGGAGAGCCGAGGUCCACCCCCGAACGCAUCCAGUCAAUGAGCUAGAGUUUGAUGUCAUAAUUGGGGCUGAUGGGAGGAGAAACACACUGUCAGGGUUCAGGAGGAAGGAGUUCAGGGGCAAACUGGCUAUCGCUAUUACAGCAAACUUCAUUAACCGCAACACUACUGCAGAGGCAAAGGUGGAAGAGAUCAGUGGAGUUGCCUUCAUCUUCAACCAGAAGUUCUUUCAGGACCUUAGAGAAGCCACAGGAAUUGACCUGGAAAACAUUGUCUACUAUAAGGAUGACACACACUACUUUGUAAUGACUGCCAAAAAGCAGAGUCUGCUGGAGAAGGGCGUCAUUCUACAUGACUAUGCCGACACAGAAAUGCUGCUCUCCAGGGCCAAUGUUGACCAGAAGGCUUUGCUCUCCUACGCUAGAGAGGCAGCAGAUUUCUCUACCAAUCAGCAGCUUCCUAAACUGGAUUUUGCCAUCAACCACUAUGGCCAACCUGAUGUCGCCAUGUUUGACUUCACCUGCAUGUAUGCCUCUGAAAAUGCAGCGCUCGUCCGCCAGCGCAACGGCCAUAAGCUGCUAGUAGCCCUGGUGGGGGACAGCCUUCUAGAGCCAUUUUGGCCAAUGGGCACUGGAAUAGCAAGAGGUUUCUUGGCAGGCAUGGAUGCAGCGUGGAUGGUGCGUAGUUGGGCUAAUGGAAGCUCCCCCCUGGAGGUCCUGGCUGAACGGGAAAGUGUCUAUCGACUGCUUCCACAGACGACACCAGAGAAUGUGAGUAAGAACUUUAGCCACUACAGCGUUGACCCAGCUACACGGUACCCCAACAUCAGCCUUCACCAAGUGAGACCCAACCAGGUACGGCAUCUGUUGGACACCGGAGAAACCAGGGAUUUGCGCAUUGACAUGGAGAAUGUGGUUAACUCUUCAACUCCUAAGCUCACAAGAAAUGAAAUUCUGCUUGAGAAGCAAUUGCAAGAGUCCAUCGUUCGCUCCAGUAAGCUGCUGAACUGGUGUCAGAGGCAGACGGAGGGAUACCGAGGUGUCAGUGUGUCUGAUCUCACCACGUCCUGGAAGAGUGGCUUGGCGUUGUGUGCGCUCAUCCACCGAUACAGACCAGACCUCAUUGACUUUGACUCGCUGGAUGAGAAAGACGUGGAGAAGAACAACCAGAUGGCUUUUGACGUGGCCGAAAAGGAGUUUGGAAUUUCUCCCAUCAUGACCGGGAAGGAGAUGUCUGGUGUGGUGGAGCCUGACAAGCUCUCCAUGGUGAUGUACCUCAGCCAGUUCUAUGAAAUGUUCAAGGACACUGUGCCACCUGGUGAAAACCACAAUCUGAGCCCUGAGGAGAAGGCUGCGUUAAUUGCCAGCACUAAAUCACCCAUCUCAUUCCUCAGUAAACUGGGUCAAAGCAUUGCCAUCUCCCGGAAACGAAACCCCAAGGAUAAAAAAGAAAAGGAACUGGAUGUACUGGGGAAAAGACGAAAGACCAGCCAGACUGGACAGUCAGAGGAUGAAGAGCUGCAGAGGGUCAAUCGAGACGAAAGGCCCUCUAUAGCUACAGCUCUGGCAGAACGUAAAAUUGACUCUGCUGCAGCAGCAAACAACAACAACAAAGUGAAGUCAAUGGCCACACAGCUGCUAGCGAAGUUUGAGGAGAACGCACCAACGCAGUCUACUGGACUCAAAAGACAGGGGGACUCUAUGCCUAAUCUGGGGCUCCUGCUGACCCCCUCUCUGCCCGCACCCUCUCUGACAGAGUCAGUGCUGCUGGCUUCAGUCCCUGCAUGGAGGAAGAGGCGCACACAGUUACAGGAGCAAAUGAGUUUCCGCUAUAAGGAAAGGCUGAAGUGUCAAACUCUCCUCUUCAAACAGGAGCAGGCCAGCAGCGGGACUGAGGUCUUGAGGAGCUGCCCUAAGAAAACCAUUCUCCUUUCUUCUUCCUCACCCUCAUCUUCCUCCUCCUCUUCAUCGUUUCUUCCACACACACAGCAUAAUGUUCACCAUUCAGAGAUAUAUAAGUGUAAUGGCGGUAGUGAUGAAACGAAUGCGAUCCAGGACCUUUCAGUCUGUUACAGGGAAGAUAACCUGCCUAAUGUGGACAAGCCAGAGUGCAUACCGGUACAUAUCCCUAGCAUUCAAGAGCGAGCGGAGACUUUAGUUGCUAGGUUUAAAGGCAAGCCUGACAGGAAGGACAAGCCACAGGUUAUGAAAAAGCCAUCACGGUUCUUUAUUGACCAGUGGCUUUUGACCCGAGGCCUCCGCCCUGAGCAAUCCCUCUUUCCUUCUGACCUCCAGCAUCAGCAGAGGCAGAUUUUGUGUUCUGAUGAUCACGUACCUAUACACAUUCCCAGCAUUCAAGAGCGAGCUGAAAGGUUAACCUCUCAGUUUAAAGACAAACCAGCAAAGCCAAAGUCUAAGAAAAAGCCAUCACACUUCUUCACAGAGCAGUGGUACAGAGCGUGUGAUGUGAGCUCUGAUAGCCCUCUGCUUUCCCCCGGCUCUUUCCGGCAGAUGUACACAGGGGAUGUGAGCUCACUGGCUGAGCAAAUAGCCAAUCAGCUUCAGGCUAAGGAUGACCCCGGGCCCUUGCUUGAGAAAAGGGAUUUGGGUUCCUUGCGAAAGGAGUUCCCUCAGAACAUCGGUGGCAGUGACGUGUGUUUCUUCUGUCGGAAGCGCGUCUACGUGAUGGAGCGUCUCAGCGCGGAAGGAAAGUUUUUCCAUCGCAGCUGCUUCAAGUGCGACUACUGCGGCACCACCCUCCGCCUGUCCUCGUACGCCUUCGACGUUGAGGACGGGAAGUUUUACUGUAAACCGCACUACUGCUACCGACUUUCUGGUCUGGCACAGAGAAAACGGCCUGCACCUGCCGCUGCUCCCUCAAACCCCAAGGAGCCCCAGGUGUUGGCGGUUACCCCCAACACAGUGGACGCCCCAGGCCAAGCCAUAACUUCUCAGGCCCCUGUGGAACUCCGCCCCUCAGUGACAGAGGUGAACGGGGUUACAGAGCCCAGCGUGGCCAAACGUCUUAAAGGGACUCCAGAAAGGAUCGAGCUGGAGAACUACCGUCUGUCUAUGAUGAGAGAGGAGGAGCUGGAGGAGGUGCCCGAGGAGACACAGGCCGAGCACAACCUCAGCAGUGUGCUGGACAAACCCACCGACAUCGAGGAGGGAUCCAGCAGCUCAGAGUCUGAUAUGGAGGAAGAGGAUGAAGAACCGGAAGCGACCGGCCCGUCCGAUCUGGGUGGGGUGCCCUGGAAAGAGGCGGUGAAGCUCCACACUAAAUUAAAGGGAGAAAGCGACCCUGGUGCAGCUGAAGACGAAGAUGGCCUUCAUUACGGUGAUGGAGAGAUGGACGAGGAUGAAGAGGAGGAGGAAGAUGAUGAAGAUGAAGACGAGGAAGAGGAGGAAUCGAGUGAUGCGGGAGAGUAUUUGCCCUGGGAGAGGGAGCUUCAGUCAGGUCUUUGGUUGGAGAAUCUUGCAAAUGAAGAGGAUACGGGUAAAUUUAAAGCUGGGAACCUGCACAUCCAGCAAGCUAUUCAUCCAGUAGACCCUCUGGACAACCAGAUGGACAAACACUGGACAUCCAAACAGGCUGGAAGGGUGGUGGAGGGCCCCUCGCUGUCACCCUUAGGCUCUCAGCCCUCGCUGAACACCCAGCUCACACAGCCCACCUCUUCCACAGCCCCCUCCCACAAAUCCAUACGUCAUGAGGCUGUCAGAGCCUGGCUGGACUCGAUGUCUGAAGAGCCUUGUGAAGAGGAUGACGACGCAGAAGCAGGCAGUCCUGACUUUGAGCCGGGUACCGAAAUAGAUCAAGAGGACAUUCCCUCAGAUGCAGAGGCUGAAGCUCGUUCACAUUGCAUAGAUGAAGUGGUGACGCUUCCAGUGGAUAUGGGCAAACCAGAGAGCCAGGGACAUGUUUUCAACACUGAGAAAACAUCUGCAAAUCCAAGGGAAUUGAUUGUGGACGUUGUGCUGUCUCCAAUCCAAAAACCUGCUUUACCCAUAGAGGAGGUGAAAGAAGUUUCUCCUGUAAUACUAGUUAAAUCUCCAGGUGCACGUUUCUUCCCUGAGCCCUAUCUACCUGGUAAUGCCAAACUGAACAUUCCCCCACCUCAGAGUCCUGAUGCUAAAAGACCCCAUUCUCCUGUUGCUCAAAUUGUUGCUCUAUCGCCCAUCUGCUCCCAACCUGUUCCACAACCAGAGAUGCCAUCUCCCAAAUCACCUGUCCAGCCUUGUGCUUGUUCUCCAACAGGUAAUCCUUUGUCUCCAAUGUGUACCCAAUCACAACCCUGCCAUGAGCCACCCUCACCCCUCUCCACAAGCUCCCCUGUCAGAACGCAGCCAGUACCAGCAGUCACUUCCACUCCUUUGGCUAAACCUGCUUCUGAGAACCGAAACAAUGAACCUUUGAAUGAUUCAGCACCUGAGGAAACCCCCGUCAAGAAAACAGACCUCAUUGAAGAGUUCUGGAUGAAGAGUGCAGAGAUCAGAAAAAGUUUAGGACUCUCACCUCUAGAUCGAAGCAAAAUAACGGGUGAGAAGAGCAUUGUGAAAGCUCCAACGCCUGAAUCAUCAUCUCCCAGGUCUUACACCCCAGAGGACUUGUCUGAAGAGCAGAAGCCUACUUUCACGGGACGUUCUAUCAUACGCAGGAUCAAUAUUACCUUGGAGGGUCAGGUUAUAUCUCCAGUGGAACCUAAGAGCAAUAGUUCUGAGAAGAAAGACUUGAGCAGCAGUUCAGGGUUGGGUCUUAAUGGAAGUGUGACUACCAGUCAGACAGCAACUAGUGACAGCUACAACAACUCUGAUUCUACCAUGCUCACACCUCCUUCCAGUCCCCCACCACCCCCACCUAAUGAGGAGCCAGCUGCUCUCCAAAACAAAAGGCCUCAGGCUUCCUGGGACAACCUCCUUGAAGGUACUGAGGAACCCAAAUCUGAGACUAUGCCUCCUAAACCUAAGACUCCAGUUAGUCCCCGUCAACCACAAUCAGUUAUGGCUCCAGUGCCGACCCGUAGAACUAACCCACCUGUUGUGAUGAGGGUAAAGGAACCGAAUAAACCACGGCGCGAAGAAGUAAGGAAGUCUUUUGUGGAGUGCGUAGAAGAGAUACCAUUUGCUGACGAUGUUGAAGACACAUACGAUGACCGCACUCCAGAUACAAGUGGUCUGGAAAGAUUUUACACCCCGCCAACCAGCAAGGUCAACCGAGACAAGCCUCCUUUCCACCUGGCACUGGCAAUGGAAAAUGGCAAGCCCAGCAUUACUGAAGGAGUUUCCCGGACAGCAAAAAAUCCCCAACAUUUUUCUCCUGAAGCCAAGGAGAUCGCAGAAGAGCGAAUGAGGGCACGGGAAAAGUCUGUGAAAAGCCAAGCUCUGAAAGAUGCUAUGGCCAAGCAGCUUAGUAAGAUGAAAGAAACAGAGGCUGCCAAGGGUGCUGUGGCAAAAGUAGCCUGGAAUGUUCCCGAGACAACAGGAAAAAACAAAAAGCAAUUAAAUGCCCCCAAGGACUCUGCGGUGAAGGCCUUGGAGUCCAAAAAGCAGACAGACAUACUCCCUGACCGUUUCUUAACUACACCGGCCAGGAAGACCUUGGACAGUUCAGUCACAUCUUCAGAGAGCUCCACAGGAGGCAAAAGCAAGAAACGCAGCUCACUGUUUUCUCCACGCAAGAACAAAAAGGAAAAGAAAGCCAAAAAUGAAAGACUAUCUGGCACUGAAGAAACGCCACCCAAGCACAAGUCCCUGUGGAAGGCGGUGUUCUCUGGCUACAAGAAGGACAAAAAGAAAAAAGACAACAAAUCAUGCCCAAGCACACCCUCAAGCUCUACAACUGUAGACUCAGGGAAGAAGAAAGAAUCACCUCUGGACAGGUCCUCAGAUUUACGUCUGAGGAGAAAUCUCAGCUUUUCUGAGGAGUCUGAUCUCUCCUGUGACGAUGUUCUGGAAAGAUCCUCUCAGAAGUCCAAGAGUGAUCGCCAUGUGGACCUGUUUGACUUGGUGUCAGAUUUGAAAAAAGAGACGAUUAAAGAUGAAAAAUCCAAAGAAAAGGAAAAGGACAGGGCUAUGGAAAAAGGACGAGUGACAGAAAAGGGCAAGGAAAGGUCAAAAGAGAGGGAGAAUGAGAAAAAGAGGGUGAAAAUGCAGGAUAUGGAACAGGAGAAAGGAAAAGAGGAAGAGUCUGUUUAUGUACCUCAUGCAUUGGCGUUCAAGAGAUCGUAUGCCACAAAGAAGACGUACACGGAGGAGGAACUCAACGCCAAGCUGACAAGAAGAGUACAAAAAGCUGCACGCAGGCAGGCCAAGCAAGAGGAGCUCAAGAGGCUCCACAGAGCCCAGAUCAUUCAGAGGCAACUGGAGCAGGUGGAAGAGAAACAGAGGCAGUUAGAGGAGAGAGGUGUCGCGGUGGAAAAGGCGCUGCGAGGGGAAGCAGGGUUGUAUAAAGGUUCUAGUGUUAGUCCAAAACAGCGUAAGAGACGCUCAGACUAUUGGGGAGAGUCUAAUUACAGUGAGAUCCUGGAUUUGCAUCUGGGCGUUGAGCCCUAUGUCGGGACCCCUCGCCGAAGAGCCCUGUACCUCUGCCCCUGCUGUGCCCCUAAAGGAAUGGGUAAAAAGGACGAUCCAAAGCUGAUGCAGGAAUGGUUUAAACUGGUCCAGGAGAAGAAUGCCUUGGUGCGCUAUGAAUCGGAGCUGAUGAUAUUUGCUCGUGAGCUGGAGUUGGAGGACAGACAGAGUCGACUGCAACAGGAACUACGAGAACGCAUGGCAGUAGAUGACCAUCUGAAGACCGAGGAAGAGCUGGCGGAGGAGAAGCAGAUUCUGAAUGAGAUGUUAGAGGUCGUCGAGCAAAGAGAUUCUCUGGUGGCCCUGUUGGAGGAGCAGAGACUUAGGGAGAAAGAGGAGGAUAAAGACCUGGAGUCUGUGAUGCUCUCCAAGGGAUUCAGCCUCAACUGGGCUUAGCAUUAACAACGAUGACAUGGUUCUGACCGCCAGCGUUUCCCAGUUCCACCGCAGGGAAUGUAAAAAAUUGCAGAAAGAUUCGGUCUGUCUCCCCCCUCGUUUUUUUGGGCAUGUCAACACGACGUUUACAAAUCCACUCACGAGCACGAUGAUGAUGUUUACGAGUUCUCCUGGCACGACUCAGGGCGUUUUGUUCCUCGGCAGCCAAGACAUUGGUUCCAUCCAAGACGUUCUCUCGGUCAGAAAGAGAGAAUGGAUCAAUUUGGGGAAUUUUUUUUUCUUUUGGUCUUGAAAGGUGACAUAUCUAUCCUGCUGAUGUUGAGGAAGUCUUGAGACUAAUGAUCCUACAUAAAGCCAGUCUUGUUUUUCCCAGAAUGCCUGGUCAAUCAACUGUUACGUUUUCAGCGACGACAGGUGUUUGGACUUGAUUUCCUAUAAUGCAUUUUCUACCUUGACUACUGACUGAAAAAGUUCAGCUGUUUCUGUGCAAUCGCACUCCACUCCUGUUUAAUAUAACGCACUAUAAGCAUCAGACCUCCAUUCAACAGAUGAAUGAAGUCUUGUGUGGUUCACAGAUAAGCAUGUGAUGGACUUCUGUAAUUGUCACAGAACACCCUCAGCGACCGGCACAUGUUGUGUUUGUAGCAUUGACAAUUGUAAAAUUUUCGAAUUCGUCAGUAGCCACCUGAUAUUAUAGAUAUUGGUGUACGCUGGGAGCGAAAAGUUCUUUGUUACAUACUUCAC